CAACUUUGGUUGCGAUAACUUCAAAAACCUUCUAAAGUAGAUUGAGAUUUCAACACUUCACUAUUUUGAACGAAGAGCAGAACAUUCAAACGCAUUUGCCAAUCCAUCAACAAUACAGACCAUUCAAGCUUAUUCUUUCACCACAAUUGACAAGUUAUACUUAUUCCCUGGAAAGAUGCAAAAAUUGAUCAUCGCAGCAAUUCCUCUGAUGUUUAUCAUAUUGCAAGCUGCCGUUAUGCUGGACGCGAAAUGCGUCCCGCUACACAAAGAGCUGACUCUUGGCGCCUCCAUUAGAUCCACGUGUCCCAACGCUAGCAGCGAAGAGUUGUGCCCAUCAAAAACGGUUAUUAACAACGAUACUGAGCAUCGGCUGCCAAUGAUAUUGCUUGAACGUCGUUGCUGUACGAAAUUGUGUUUGAGCGGGAAACCCCACGUUUGCAAAGAGCAGUACAUGGAGAUCAUUGUCAUGAAACGACCGACUGUGAACGACCCCUACGUCAAGAAGAGCAUGAACAUUUCGGUUGGCUGUGUCUGCAUGCGUAAGCGGGAGAAGAUUGAUUUGCCCGAACCGACAAUGGAGGAAGAGCGAUAACAACAUCAACAACAACAACAUGAACAACAAACAACAACAAACAACAACAACGACGUCGACAAAGAUUUGAAAUUACGAUACACCUUUUAUUUUUUUAAAAAUAAUUUUAAAUGAAAUGGUUAAACUCGAAAAAGUCAAGAUGUACAUACACUACAUAUGCAAACAU